GACGUGGGGCAAUCGAUCAACUAUUCAAAUAAGUGCUCUCGGCCCAUCCCGAGCCUCCACUUCCCUACCUCACUUAACCUCUUUGCCUGGUCUAGUAAUCCCGUGCUUGCUUAGCGUUAUCUUAGCCCUCUCCACCAAGUCAGCUGCCUUAACUUAAACAUCUACUAGAGCCGGGGCGCUAGAUCUAAAUUAUGAGCUACGAUUUCGAAUGCGGCACAUGCAACAAGAUCUUCGGCGCAGGAUGGUGGGCUCGUGAAAACCUGAGAUAAGCUCUUAGCCGGAAUCUUGUUUGAAUAUUGGUUAAAUAGGUGUCUGAUAACAUCCCCGUGUCAAGGUUACCCCCCUAAUAUAUUCCUGCUUAAAGGCGCAACUUUGACACCAUCAUUACAAAAACACCACAUAAUACAUUCAGUUCAACCCUACUGCAUGUCAUCGCUUCCACCUGACACUAAGAGGCCAUUUAAAGCUAUAAUACUAAGUUGAAAAUGUCUGGUCCUUGCGUCCCGCAAGACCCAGGCUAUAUCGCAUGCGGUUCAGUCUGCUGCGCCAGCUCGCAGUACUGUGCAUUCCCGGGCACGUGUCUUGCCAACUCCUCCGAGUCAACCACCAGCUCGAACUCUCCCUCUCAAACCCCUACGGGUACUACUAGUAGUGGGAUUAGUACCGCAGACUCAUUAUCAACCUCUACAACACUUCGGUCUUCCACCUCCUUGGCAACUAGCACGUCCACUUCAACAGCAGGCCUUACUAGUGCUACCAGCACUAGUGGCUUAAAGCCCGGCGCUAUAGCCGGCAUCAGUAUUGCUGCUGUCGUCGUCACGGCCGCGCUACUUGCCAUGGCGAUAUACAUAGUUGUCCUGAGAAAGCGAAAGGGAGCUACAGGUUCCGACAGUCGCGUAAUAGCCGCGACCCCCGACGACUAUGAUCCUCACCUAAACAAGGCCGAAUUACCUGGCAACUAUGGACCGGUAUGCCAAAGGGCAGAACUCGAGGCGCCCAAUCAUCCGCGUGUAGAAUUGGAUUUCUCACCUCGCUUGCCUAGGGAGGAUGCUAACAAUACUGUCGUCUCCGAACUUGACGACGCGAGCCGGCGGGCCGCCUAAUACUUAAUCAUGUUGUCCAGCAUCUGAACUUGGUUAAAAGCAAAUUAGGCAUUAAUUUAUAAUAAGCUGUUAUUAGAUAUAAACAUUAUGUCUCCUUUCUUUUUAAGCUUUUAUAGUGUUAG